AUUGUACUCAGCAUGAAACAUACUGCAGUAAUUCACUCUGGCAUUGAAUGAAUCGACAUCGGGGAAAAGGCUUAAUUCAACUCCCGGGAACAAUGAUGCAUAGCAACAUCUAUGAGUGUGUAAUAGAUGAGGACGACACAACUCAGGCAUCCAAAAACGUGUUCGACUGGGCUCAACAAGACAAUGUGGAAUCGCUGGAGAGCCUCUUCCACAGGCAGCCAGAAUGCCUGAGCAUCCGAGACAGCAGCGAUGCCAGCCUCCUGCACCACGCUACAUCAGGCGGUAGCCUCCUCGUCAUGAGGCUGAUCGUCAACAUGGCUGGCACCAAGGAACUAAAUGUCACUGAUGACGAGGGUAACACCCCCCUUCACUGGGCAGUGCAGAGGAACCACAGGCAGAGCUGCGCAACCCUCAUGGAGCUGGGAGCGGAUCCCAACAUCCUGAACAGAGCCACCAUGUCCCCUCUGCACCUGGCCACCACCCUCGGCCACAACGACCUCGUUACCCUGUUACUGUCUCACAGCAGGACAAACGCAGACCUGAAAGGUGACCUGGGGAAUACUGCGAUAAUGAUGGCCUGUUCUACUGAUAACUGUGAGGCACUUUGCAUACUGCUAAAGCACGGGGCGAAGAUGUGUCAACAGAACAAGCUGGGGCACUUUGCCAUCCAUGCAGCUGCGUUUGCAGGUGCAGAGAAAGCCAUGGAGUUUAUACUGAACACGGGGGAGGAGCAUGGUCAUUCAGCUGAGAAGCAUAUUAAUUACCUGGACAAGUCCAAAAGCAGUCCUCUUCACCUGGCUGUUCAAGGAGGGAAUAUAGAAACAAUCAAAUACUGCAUUCUAAAAGGAGCAAAAAUUGAUCAAAAACAGUGUGACAAGUCCACGGCCCUCCACUUUGCUUGUACUCAAGGGGCCACCGAGGCUGUCAAGCUGAUGAUUUCAGUUUACAACAGAGUGGAGGACAUCAUCAAUAUCACUGACGGAGCUCACCAGACCCCACUUCACAAGGCAACAAUAUUUGAUCAUGUUGAAUUGGUUGAAUACCUCAUAUCAAAGGGUGCAGAUAUCAACCACAUUGACUGUAAAGGGCACUCCCCACUACUUCGCGCUACAAGCUGUGGGGCAUGGAGAUCUGUGGAAGUUCUGUUGUCGAAAGGAGCAAAUCUAAAGAUAAAGGACAAAACAGGUCGCAACUUCCUCCACCUUGCUAUUUUGCAGCCAAAAGGUCUGAAAAAUCUUCCGGCGAAUGUUCUAGAGCUGGACAGUGUGAGGGAACUCCUGAGCGAUGUGGACUGUGAAGGCUGCACCCCGCUCCACUAUGCCUGCAGACUGGGCAUUGCUGCAUCAGUCCAAAACAUGCUCGGCCUCAAAGUUUCACCUGGGCGAAAAUCCAAGAAUAAGAAAUCUGCCCUUCAUUUCGCAGCUGAAUACGGGCGAAUAAAAACGUGCCAAAGACUGCUGGAGACAGUAAGUGCCUCCAGGCUGCUGAAUGAAGGGGAUGAGAACGGGAUGACCCCUCUGCACCUGGCGUCUCGGGGCGGAUACAUCAAAGUUGUGGAACUGCUACUCAAGAAAGGAGCCCUACAUAACAGUGAUUAUAAAGGGUGGACGAGUUUACACCAUGCUGCCACUGAAGGAUACACUCAGACCAUGAAAUUCCUCUUGGGUGCAAACAUAAAAUUACUGGACAAAACCGAUGAGGAAGGGAACACAGCUCUGCAUGUGGCUGCAAAAGAAGGGCACACAAGUGCUGUGCGGCUUCUACUGACCAGAGGAGCUGCGUUUACACUCAACAACAAUUAUUCAUCCUUCCUACAUGAGGCUGUGCAUCAUGGGAGACUGGAAGUAGUCAAGGCUGUGAUUGAGAGCGAAAGAUGUGGUCCAGCCUUGCGGAUGUUCGAUCCCAGCUCCUCAAAGCGCUGUGUUAUUAUGGACAUGAUUGAGUUUCUUCCAGAAUCAUUCAAGAAUCUUUUGGACCUGUGUGUGAAAGAAUCAGACCAAGAUGCUAACAGUAAUGAUUACUGGAUUGAAUAUGAUUUCCAGUUUCUUCAGGCUCCACUAAAACUGAAAGAACAUGCUAAGACAGACAAGACUAUUGUCAAGAUUCAGCCUCUUCCAGCACUGAAUAUGAUGGCUCAGUGUAACCGUGUUGAGCUUUUGACUCACCCACUCUGCAAAAGAUAUUUAGGAAUGAAAUGGAAUGCUUAUGGGAGCAAGGCUCAUAUCCUGAACCUGGCCAUCUACUCCCUGGGUCUGCUGCCUCUGUCCUUCCUCAUCGUCAAUAUGAGACCAUACAUAUCCAUCAACGGCACAUCUGUCAACAUGGUGGACACAGCUUCAGAUGAGGAUUUUAAUCAUAGUGACCCCAGAGCUGUCUCACAACCCAUGUCCUACUUCAAGUAUGGGUAUCAUAACACAAUCUGCAUGUUCCUGGUAUUGGCCAUGAAUUUGUAUGCAGUUGGAAAGGAGAUUGUACAGAUCGUGCAGCAGCGCUCAAGUUACUUCCGAGACAUCUCAAAUGGUUUGGACUGGGUGUCUGCCGUGUCUUCCAUUCUCUUUGUGGUCCCUCUGCUGGUGAAUGCGGAUGGAAACCUGCACUGGCAAGCUGGUGCCUAUGCAGUUUUAGUUUCUUGGAUUAACUUUCUACUCUAUCUGCAAAGGUUUGAGCACUUUGGAAUCUAUGUGGUGAUGUUCGGAGAGAUCAUGCGGACUCUUGUCAGCAUCAUUUCGCUGUUCUUCUUCUUGAUGCUGGCAUUCACUUUGGGCUUCUAUGCUCUCAUGAUUAACCAGGAAAAAUUUGGUCGACUGGAAAUCUCACUGAUGCAGACUUUUGUCAUGAUGGUCGGAGAGUUGAAUUAUCAAGAAAAUUUCCUUAAUCCCUACCUAAAGGGCAAACUUCCUUUCCCUCAGUUGACAUUUUUUAUUUUAGUUUGGUUUGUCCUUCUCAUGCCAAUUCUUCUCAUGAACUUGCUGAUUGGUUUAGCUGUUGGUGACAUUGCUGAGGUGCAGAAGAAUGCUACUCUAAAGAGGAUUGCAAUGCAGAUUGAGCUUCAUACUAAUCUGGAAGAGAAGCUGCCAUACUGGUUCAUGAAACGGGUGGACCAGACCAAGAUAAUAGAAUACCCAAACAGAAAAUGCAGAACGAGGGCCAACUUUCUCCAUUUAUGUCUGGCCUCGGAGGAACAGAGUGUGGUCCGUACCCACCUGAGGACUGACGCCAACCUGCUUACUCCAGUGGAAUAUGAGCUGCACAAACAGAAGUACAGAUUAAAGGAAAUGGCCAGUGUCCUAGAGAAGCAGCACAACCUUUUGAAGCUGAUCAUUCAGAAGAUGGAGAUCCAUACGGAGGCCGAAGAUGAGGUAGAUGGCCCAGAGCUGUUUCAGUGCCGCUUCGGGAAGCAGCUCAGCAAAAGGAGCCACUGGCUUCCUCUGGUGAAGGCGGUGGUGAAAAAGGAAUAAAGUCACCACGCUUCACCCAACUCACACAACAUAGCUUCUCCACAAUGUACCGUCACAUCAGCCACCAGUCUCUCCACUGGUUGUGCUUGUCUGUGUGUUUUAGUAAUGGCCUACUUUGGACACGCCUUCUCUGUUGCCAUGUUUGUGCUUUGUGCUGUAUCUAUUCUAUGCUACUUCGACUGAGAGUCUUGAGUUACCAUCAGCAUAGGGUACAAAAUGUCUAUGCUCUACAGAGCUAGAGCGUGUACAUUAUUAAUUUAUUUUUAGAGACAUACAGAAGCUCUGCGCCCUGGGACCUGGGCCCUGGUUCUAAUUACAGCGUGCUUUGCUCUUUAGGAACGAUUUGUUUUUAUUUGAGAUCUGAACACUAUAUUGUUAAAGCAGAUCAAGGGAUGUUCCAAGACAAGUAAACACGGAAGAUGAAAAAGAAGGUUUGGAUGCUGUCACUGACUUUGGGCCAUUAGUGGCACUUUGCUCCAGUAACAGCCAACGGGUUGGACUCACUCCUUGCAAAUGCACUUAUGGUGCACUAAUGUUUUCAGGAACCAUGAUAACCAAUCUAUAAUUUAUCUGUUAAGUGGGAAUUGCUGACAGUAGAAAAGCACAGAAAGUGAAAAGAAACUGGAGUCCACCAGAUAUAAGUGCAUUUAAAACAUUUGUCUCACAUAAGAUUUACAAGCAUAACAAGCGACCUUGAUUAUGUGAUUCUUUUUUAUUCCUCUUUUAUUUAUUCAUUACUGUGAACCACAUUUCAUUGAAGUUGAUCAUUGAAUGUUACUUAUUUUAAAUAUUUAAAUUAUUUAAUUGAAAUUGAGUAUGCCCAUAUAUUAUGAAAAAUACACUUGUUUACAGAAAUUACUUAAAUUUUGCAGCUCACCAGCUCACUGGUUAAUUCAAAUCAAAUGCCUUCAGUAGAUUUUAGGAUAGUUUUAAGCAUUUUUUAUUAGCUGCAUUAUAUAACACUUUAAAAACUAACCUUUUUAGCUUAAAGUUUUUCAUUCAGGUUUGCUUUGAUUGCUUGGCUUUAAUUGUCAAGAAAUUAUGAAUUAAUGGGCAAACUGCUGCUAACUGCUACAUUUUGCAUUCUGAUGAACAUCAGCUUUUCUGCUUCACUUCAUGUUCUUGUUGAUUACCUACCCUCUCUGGACAGGUAUGAGUGAGACAGGCAAUUGAAUAUAUAGUGUGUUGUUUCUGUCUGUGGAAGCUACUUGCAUUUGAAUAUGACUCAAAUAGAUCAUAAAACUUGCAUAGUUUUAGCUUUCAUUGAUCAUUGACAUUUAUUCCAUCACAUUUUUCUUACAUACAGAGCUUAAUUACAACUAUCUUGUGGUCUCUGUUCAGUAGCUCUAUAUCACAUUCUGUGUGAUGACAAUGCCAGAUAUUUCAAAUACGUAGACUAAGAUUCUAUUCAAAUCAAAUGGUGAAAUGGACAAGGCAUUAAGCCGCUGUUGUUUUCUGCUUCCAAAUGCCUCAUGGGAAAUAUCUACACAGUGUCUUAAAUGUAUGCACCUUCAACCUGUCGUUACUGUAGCUGUUACCAGUUUCUAAUUUCUGUAACACCUGCUUAGAUUGCACCUUUUCACAUAAGGUUAUCAUAAUCAUAAAUGCCUUAACACUUCUAUAUUAGUACCUCUCAAUUCAUAUUUCUUAAAAGUGCUAAAAUGUACUGACUGCUUCUCAUGAAAAGCACAUUCUUGUAUUCACAAUAUACUCAGAUACUCUAAAGUAAUGUAUUCUGUGAACCUUACAGUUCAUUAAAAACUUGUCAAUUUGA